AUGCUUCGCUUAGUUUUAUAUUAUUUUUCAGUUUUCUACACGUUGAAAGAGAUUAAAAGAAUUGCUCAAAAUUCAAAGCGUCAAGUAGGUAUCAAGAAAAAUGUGGUAGCCUUUCACUCAGCAGAUACACGAGAAAUGAAAGACACGACAUUACCAUGGGAGGCUUUAUAUCCACAGCAGUUAGUAAGUAUGCAACGAAAUGGAUGUGAAGAGAUUAAAAUCUCGCAACAUUUAAAUGAAGAUUGA